AGUUUGGUUAGGCCAGUCUUGAAUAUCUGAUUUGAUUCAAAUACGUGAGUUGUGCCUUAAACCUAAGUCAACGAAAGAAAAAGAUGCAGAAAUCUAGAUGCGCAUCCUAAUAUGCGUGAAAUCUUUGUAACUUUACAUGUUAAAGUUCAAGUCAUGACGCUCCCCACGUACGUCAAAUUGUAUAGGCCUUUUGUGAUGUCUUAUUAUAUAUGUGCAAGCUUCCUCAAACACUGAAAAACCAAUUCAUUUGCUUAAAGUACAAUUUUUCCCUAGUGAGAUAGCAAAAUGGGAUUUCAUGGUUUCUUCUUGUUUGCAAUUUUGAUACCAUACAUUAGUUUUGGGACAAGUAGUCAUGAAUCUCAAAACCUUACAAGUAGUAGUCUCAAUGAUUUGGAAGGCUUGAUUGGAUUUUCUAGCUGCUUAGAAUCAGCUAUCCCGGAUUGGAAUAGCUAUGCCUCCCCUGAUUACUGCACUUGGUCUGGUGUCACAUGUGUCGGCACAAGCGUGGUUCGCUUGGAACUUGGAAGCACAAGACUUAUGGGAAAAAUCUGUGAAUCCUUAGUAGGUUUGGAUCAACUUAGAGUCCUGAACCUUUCAGAUAAUUUAUUCACUGGCUCUCUUCCUAACACUUUGUUUCAUCUUCAAAACUUGGAGGUGAUGGAUCUUAGCAAUAAUCAUUUUGAAGGUCCUAUAAAUACAGCUAUCUGCUCCUCUUUACCUCAGCUCCGAGUUAUUAAACUAUCUGGUAACUUGUUUUCUGGUAAGAUUCCAGGAAAUUUGGGUAAUUGUUCCUCUCUGCAGCAUCUAUCCAUUAAUGAAAAUAAUUUGUCAGGAAGCCUUCCAGGGAGUAUCUUUCAACUGCAAUAUUUGAGGGUACUACUCCUACAGGAAAAUAAGCUAUCUGGGCAGCUGAGUAAGGGACUUGGUAAGCUUUCAAAUCUAGUGGAAUUUGAUAUCUCCAACAAUGAAUUUUCUGGAAUUCUUCCUAAUAUCUUUGGGAGCCUCACAAGGCUUAAGUUUUUCUGUGCUGAGGCUAAUAGAUUCACUGGUCAGUUGCCUGCAUCUCUGUUGAAUUCUCCUUCUCUUCAAAUUCUUAAUCUGAGAGGCAAUUCUUUGGGUGGCUCAGUUAAUUUGAAUUGUUCUGCAAUGAAAAAUCUAACCACCAUUGUUCUUGGUUAUAAUCAAUUCCAUUGUCCAGUCCUCGUUAGUCUAUCAAAUUGCUUGAGAUUGGAAGGAAUUGGUCUUGGCUCUGACCAUUUACAUUGUGGGGAGAUUCCUGUUAAUUUCAAGAAACUUCAGUCCCUAACCCAACUCUCACUUUCAUACACCGGACUACAUAAUUUGUCAUCGGCACUUGAGGUUUUAAGUCACUGCAGGAACUUAAGUACGCUACUCCUUCCAUGGAACUUCCAUAAUGAACAAAUGCCACAACCACAGGGUCAAAAUAUAGUUUUCAGUAAUCUCAAGGUUCUUGUCUUAUCCAACAGUCAGAUAAAAGGUUCAUUUCCAAAAUGGUUAAGUGGAUGCAAGAUGCUGCAGAUGCUGGAUCUGUCGUGGAAUCAUCUCACUGGAAGCAUUCCUUCAUGGAUUGGCAACUUGAACAAUCUCUAUUACUUGAACUUGUCAAAUAACUCUUUCACUGGCAAAAUACCACAGAGCCUGACCGUGGUGUUGAGCCUCCAGCUCAGGAAUUUAUCACUAGAACAAACUACUUUUCCCUUUCCCUUUAAAAUGGUUGGGAAUGUAAAUAUCUACAAAAGAGUUUCAAGUUACCGACCAUCUUUAGUGCUCAGUUACAACAAACUUGAAGGACCAAUGUGGCCGGGUUUUGGUAACCUGAAAAGCCUACAUGUUAUGGACCUAAAACACAAUAGCCUCUCAGGACCAAUUCCUUGGCAGCUAUCAGGCAUGGUAAUGAUGGAGAUUUUAGAUUUGUCUCACAACAAACUAACGGGAGAAAUACCACAAUCAUUAAUUGAAUUGAGUUUCUUAUCCUCAUUUGAUGUGUCUUAUAAUCAGUUGCAUGGGGAAAUCCCAGAAAAGGGACAGUUUGAUACCUUUCCACCUACAAGCUUUCAAGGAAACAUGGAUCUCUACUACAGUCACGACACUUCAGGCUUUAUUCUUUCUCCACCAGAUGAGACGUGUGCUCAGCCUCAUUACCAGAAGCUGGAGAUCAUUGGUUUUCCAUUUUGGUUUGGUGGUGUUGCUGGUUUUCUUAUAACCAUUGCCAUGUGCUUCACUUCUGGAUGGCUGUUUUCAUAGUCUCACAAUGCAUGACCCUGCCAAGUAUCAAUUUAGUGGCGCUAAGAGUGAAGGAGUUCAACAUUAGAAAGACAUGUAAUAAAGCGAUGUAUUACUGAGUUUAUUUAGAUCAGUAAAAAUUUUCAUUAAUAGCAUGUGGUUAAAAGUUCAAUUGUAAAGCAAUAUCUCAAACUACCUUUCUCUCCUUCUGUAA